UGUGCUCAGCCCCGCUCUGCUGACUCAGUGCCUUAGUCUCCUCGCGCGCGCGCUCUCUCCACUGCUGUAGCUGGACCUCUUUGCCUUCGCAAGCUCGGAGCUUCUGUAGCACCUACAAUGGCUAAAACUGCAAUGGCUUAUAAAGAAAAGAUGAAGGAGCUGUCCAUGCUUUCUUUGAUCUGCUCCUGUUUUUACCCAGAAUCUCGCAACAUUAAUAUAUACACAUAUGAUGAUAUGGAAGUCAAACAUAUCAACAAACGUGCCUCUGGCCAAGCUUUUGAACUCAUCUUAAAGCCGCCAUCUCCUGUCUCGGAAGCACCCCGGACUAUAGCCUCUCCAAAGAAGAAAGAUGUGUCCCUUGGAGAGAUCCAGAAAAAGCUGGAAGCUGCAGAAGAAAGGAGAAGGUCCCAGGAGGCCCAGGUGCUGAAACAACUGGCAGAAAAGAGAGAACAUGAGCGAGAAGUCCUUCAGAAGGCCUUGGAGGAGAACAAUAACUUCAGCAAAAUGGCAGAGGAAAAACUGAUACUGAAAAUGGAACAGAUCAAAGAAAACCGUGAAGCUAACUUAGCUGCUCUUAUUGAACGUCUUCAGGAGAAGGAAAGGCAUGCUGCAGAGGUCCGCAGAAACAAGGAGCUUCAGGUGGAACUGUCUGGCUGAGCCCAGCAGUAGAGGGAGUCGGAUAACUCCCCUGCCUAUAUUAUUACAGAUCAUGAAAUAUUAGUAUAGGAAAUGUAUGACAUGGUUUAAAAAAAAAAAAAAAGAAUCAAGAACUCAAUAAAAACGAAACAAAAAAAAUUUAAAACAAUGCAGUCUUUGCAGAAUGAUUUGCUUGAUGUUUAAAAUUAAAACUUGGAUCUUAUUUUGUAAAUACUUACAUUUUUGUUAAAAAAUACAAGUAUUGCAUUAUGCAAGUUAUUUCAUAACCUUUACACGUCCUGUAACAGGCUUUUGAUGUCGUCUGUUUUCAUUCAGUUAAAUUUGUUAGAACUUUGCUAUGAAGUUCUUUGCAGCAAAAUCCAUGCCAAACUGUAUACUCGUUCUAACUGAAAGCCAAGUCAACAGAAGGUCUAUAUGGUGCUACUGUCGUGUCAUCACUUAAUAACAUGGAAAGCUUUGCAAUCAAUAAGCUUAAGUCAAUAAGCCAAUUACAGGUAGGCAUUCUUAUUUGAUUAAAUGGUCUAGACCAGUGUUUCUCAACCUUGGUAGCUUGAAGAUGGGUAGACUGGCUGGGGGAUUCUGGGAGUUGAAGUCCACCCAUCUUCAAGCUUCCAAGGUUGAGAAACACUGGUCUAGAAAAAUGAAGUCAUAGAACAUUAAGAAAUCAUAAUUUAUUUACAACCCCAAUGUUCUUCUAUAGAGAAAACAGAGCUGUGCUGUACAGAAACAAGCUCCAUGGGGUUCAGUGAAAUUGAAAUUAAGCAUCUAAAGGAGAAAGCCUUUAGAACACAUCAGGAUUUAUUGUGGCAUAAAACAGUAUUCAGUAAAGCUGCAUGUCUUAAGUUUAGAAGCAAAAAAAGAAUUUUCCCCAACAAGGAGGGAAAUCGAUAAUAGAUACUUUUAAAAGGCGUUGUAUGCAGUAGGGAGUGAACAGAUUCAGAUUCACUGCCAGAAAAAUUCAUGGAAUUUAUAGGUAUAAAAACUGCAGUCAGUUUCAUUUUCUUAGGCUCUAGUCCAAUGUUUUUCAACCCUGGAAAUUUUACAAUGUAUGGACAUCAACUCUCAGAAUUCCCCAGCCGGCAUUGCCGGCUGGAGAAUUCUGGGAGUUGGUCCACCUACAUUAAAGUUGCCGAGAUUGAGAAACACUGCGCUAGCCUUUCAAAACCUGGUGCACUUCUCUUGUGACAGCACUACAAUUCCUAGACUGCAGUUCCCGAAGUUUCAUAACCCCACAGUAUCUGAAGGAUAUCAGUUUGGGAAAUAGGCAUAUUGUCUUGUCUCCAGUUGCUAAAAUCUGUGAAGAGACCAAGAGCAUCUUUGCAGACAGAAUUCCAGCCUUAAGCUUUGUGAUUUCAUGACGCUGCAAGAUGUUCCGUGUGCUAUUUUUCAUCCCAAAUCAGUGAGCUGGUCUUAAUCCUACUAACUUCUGCUCUACAGUGUUAGUCUGUCCUGCCUACUUUUAAAACACUAUCUAAAUGAUGAGGGCUGAAGCGGUCAGGAUGACUAGCCAAGGUGCUUGUGUCAAAUAAUAUGACCAAUCUCAACACACAUAUUGUCUGAAACAGCUGCCAGCUUGAAGGUAUCCCAAACUCUCCUGGAAAUUGCUGCCUGCGUAUUCUACUCUUCAUUAGUGCUAUUUUCCUGUAUGUCAUUGUGAGCAAGCUGUGAUUAAUAAAGAAUUGGAGUUCUGUGAA